CCGGAAACGGAAGUAGUCGACCAACCAGCGUCAAAAUAAAAUCCUCCCCAUGAGAGAGAUGGUACGGUCUGAUUGCGUCACGCGACACGUCAUCGUCAGUUCCGGGAUCAAUAUCAGCACAGGUGGUGCGUACAGACAAACAACCUGAAAGCUUCACCAUGGCCACUUCUGUGCUGGUGUCCGUUUUUGUCUUCAUGCUGUUUUCCACAGUGACAAACACACGUGACAUCAGAGUCCGCCAGGCCUUACCAGGUUCCAUUCCAAAGCUGCCCCUGCCAACAGAAAGGACAGAAGUCACUCCUGACUUUACUGUGACUAGUACAUACUCAGAUGUGAACUCAACAGACAGCUACCAGAAUGGAACCACACCAAGCACUGGAGAGCUGUCUGGAAAUGACACCAGGAAUACCACAAGUGUGGGUACAAACGGUACAGAAGAUGCUACUACAGAUCUCAUCAACGGCACAGAGACUGGCAACAUCACGGCAGAAACAGAGGCAACAUCGGCUGUGAACUCCACCGAGCAGGUUGGGAACGAAACUGUCGUCAGCCCCGAGUCUGGUGGUAUGGGAAACAUUACAAACAACACGACGGCUGACCUGAACACAACAACAACAGGCAACAUCACUGCAGAUAACUCAACAACAAUCUCCGAUAACUCAACAGCGGUAUCAGCUAACUCGACGGAACUCACAGGUAACUCAACAGGACUCACAGGUAACUCAACAGGACUCACAGCUAACUCAACAGGACUCACAGUUAACUCAACAGAACCCACAGCCAAUUCAACAGAACCCACAGCCAACUCAACAGAAGUCUCGGUAAACUCAACAACAGUACCAGAUAACUCUACAGAAUUUCCAGCUAACUUUACAGAGCUUCCAUUCGAUGUGACAGACGUCCCAACUGGCACCCUCCCUCCCCCGAGCCCUGCGACAGAAACCACAGGUUACGGUACAACCGAGAGUCCGAUGUCCUCGGCAUACGAGACCAGCCAGACGAUGGAGACUUCUACUUCAACAUUUAUGGAGCCGACUUACACCACGCCCAAACUGGAAACCACCACUCAGCCUGCCACAAAGGAGCCAACCACUAAGUCCACACCUGCACCUAAGACCACACCUGUACCUGGGACCACACCUGUACCUGCCUCUGAGGAGACCACUGCAACAUCUCAGGAGCAGCAGAAGACACCGGCCGAGGCACAGAAGACUGUCUCAGCCAAGGAGGACAACAACACAGAAGGAGACAAGAAUGAUGGAGGUGACAAGUCAUUUGGGGAGCAGAUCAGAGAGAAACUCAAAUCCCAUGAGGCGCGAUUCAUCCUCAGCAUCAUGAUCCCAGUCGGUGCGGGCAUUGUUGGAGCCAUCGCCAUUGUGGGGUUCGUGUACGGCGUGAAGGCCUGUCGCCGCAGGUUCCGCAGGAAGAGGAAGCUAAGGCCGGAGGAGACCAUGGGCAUGGACCGGGUCAUGCUGCUGGCCGGCAGCUCUGACGAGGAGUUCUGAUUGGUCAGGGUAACCUGCAGCUCUUUGAUAUGCAUUUCCCAUUGGACGCCUGCUCUGGUGAAGAAUUCUGAUUGGUUACUGCAGCCUAAGUGUUAGCCAGUUCCAGCAUCAAGCUCCCAGAAACUCUAAAGCAGGAGCUUUAAUAGACAAAUGUUGUCAGAAGAAUUCAGUGUUUUUUUUUAUAGUGAACUUUAUUUCCCUGUUAAACAUAUCUUAAGUUAGUGCCAAGUUUUUCUCAGUGUUAUGUUUGUUAACCUCUUUAUUUGUUAAAAGUCAGGGUAGACUAAUAGAUGUUGCGUAGGAUUAGUAGGACUUUCAGACAGUUUUUGUCUGAGCGUAUAUUUCAGAAUUUUAGAUCUGGUAUCCAAACCUAUCAUAAUUAUAGCUGCCGUGUUUUUUUCACCCUCUUUGCAAAGAGCUGCAAACUUGACUAGUGGAUAGCCAGCUAGUACGUAGUGACAAAGUUGUCAAACGGUCGCCAGCAAACUUGGGUCAGACCUGUUUCCAAAGAGGAUGAAAAAGACUGUCAGCUGUAAGUUUGGACACCAGCCUAUGGCUAGACGGCAUGUUUCGAGGGCCGGUGGCCGCUCCAGGAUGUUACCAGUGGGAAGAAUGGAGAUUAUUGAUCCUGCAGUGCCUUGUUGUGUUGUGUUGUGUUUAGUACGGCUGGUGGCUGCUGUGUGUGGUCAGCAGCUGGGACAGCCUGAGGAUGUGUAUGGAAUAGCAGCCUGAUGAGGUAAUGUGGAGCCAAGCUGGUGAGUUGGCACAAGGGGGAGGGUCUGCAUGGGGGUCCCCACAGCGUUUUACACUGAAUGCAGAAGAACCCCCUCAAUAUUAUGCUAAAAUCAAUGUACUAAGAUGAUUACACAAAAUUUGGUUGCCUCGCAAUUAUUUUCGUGAAUAAGACGACUACAGGAAUUCAAAAUAUUGAGGAAAAGGGUGACACAGGCUCUCGAGGAGGAGGGGGGGGGUUCUGCUAUUUGUGGCUCAUACAAGUCUGAUCCUGAAUUGUUUUAGUUUUCCAGAUUACAAGUCUGCAAUCUCACAAUUUAUUCAAAUUUCGAGCCCUGGGGGUUCAGGCCUUAUCCUGGUUCUUCCAAGUUCCAAAGCAUGCCUUUUAGUUAGAGCAGGAAAAGCUGUCAAAAGCCAUCACAUGGCAACGUGGAACUAUUCCUAUUUGCAGGUGCUUAGAGGUUGCAAAAAUAUAAUUGUAGCCAAUUGAAUACAUUAAUAACAAAUACUUCGUGGUAUGAACUUCUCCAUAUAAAGAAAUAGAUGUAGCCAUUACAAUUCUUCCAAUGGUCAAAUGAAUAUAAGCAAUGGCUUCAACAGGAUGUGGUUCUGACUGUAUAUUUUUGAAAAGGGAUGUAAAAAUUUGACCACUAUAAUAUCAGAUGUAUAAGAUAAGAUAAAAGGAAGCAAUAUCCUGAUGUGA